CAGAGUGGCCCAGCGCGCCCGUGACGGAAAGACGAGGCGUGGGGUGCGCGACCUCGCCUGCCCGGCCCGGCCCCCGCCCCUUGGCCUGCCGCUCCGCCCCCGCGGGGCGUCCCGGGCCGCUUGUCCCCUUUGCGGCGGCCGCUCGCGGCCCGGGGUCGCCGUGAGUACUCGCGAGGCAGCAGAAACCAAGUAGCAACAGCCCUUGGAGAGAUGCUAAGUUUUUCUUGACUGAAGUCAACAGUGACAAAGACUUUGAAAAAGCUGGUACUUCUGGCCUGUGCUCCUAUCAUCCUACCAUUCACACGAAGACAACCAUUUCUGUGAUCUUCCCGAUCAGCACUUGACUGUUUAUUUUCAAGUCUCACAAACAGCCCCCAGAUCUUCAUAUUCUGGUUCUCGGCUGCUUUUGAGGACAGUGACUUGUUAUCAUCACCACAGCACAGCCUGCCAUCCCCAGCAGAUCUUCAGUUGCUCCUGACAUCCUUCUGCCUUGUCUCCCAUUGUGGCCUCCUAAAUGCCCAUCACAUUGGCCUGGGUUCAGCCAGUGGUAUGGAGUGGUGCUGCCUAGCACUGCUCUGGGAGUGUGUGUGAUCCACUGACCCAAUGGACAUCAAAGGCCAGUUCUGGAAUGAUGAUGAUUCAGAAGGAGAUAAUGAGUCAGAAGAGUUUCUGUAUGGAGUUCAGGGGAGCUGUGCAGCUGAUCUGUACCGACACCCGCAGCUCGAUGCAGACAUUGAAGCUGUGAAGGAGAUCUACAGUGAGAACUCUGUAUCUAUCAGAGAAUAUGGAACUAUCGAUGACGUGGACAUCGACCUCCACAUUAAUAUCAGCUUCCUCGAUGAGGAAGUAUCUACCGCCUGGAAGGUCCUCCGGACAGAACCUCUUGUGCUGAGGCUGAGAUUUUCUCUCUCCCAGUACCUUGAUGGACCAGAACCAUCAAUUGAGGUUUUCCAGCCAUCGAAUAAAGAAGGGUUUGGGCUUGGUCUUCAGUUGAAAAAGAUCCUGGGUAUGUUCACAUCACAACAAUGGAAACACCUAAGCAACGAUUUCUUGAAGACCCAGCAGGAGAAGCGGCACAGUUGGUUCAAGGCAAGUGGUACCAUCAAGAAGUUUCGAGCUGGCCUCAGCAUCUUCUCACCCAUCCCCAAGUCUCCCAGUUUCCCUAUCAUUCAGGACUCCAUGCUGAAGGGCAAACUGGGUGUACCAGAGCUUCGAGUUGGGCGCCUCAUGAACCGUUCCAUCUCAUGCACCGUGAAGAACCCCAAAGUAGAGGUGUUCGGCUACCCUCCUAGCCCCCAGGUCAGUGGUCACUGUAAGAACAUCCCCACCCUGGAGUAUGGAUUCCUUGUCCAGAUCAUGAAGUACGCAGAACAGAGGAUCCCAACGCUGAACGAGUACUGCGUGGUGUGUGAUGAGCAGCAUGUCUUCCAGAAUGGGUCCAUGCUCAAGCCAGCUGUCUGUACCCGAGAACUGUGUGUCUUCUCCUUCUACACCCUGGGGGUCAUGUCUGGAGCUGCCGAGGAUGUGGCUACUGGAGCAGAGGUAGUGGACCUGCUGGUGGCCAUGUGUAGGGCUGCUCUGGAGUCCCCGAGAAAGAGCAUCAUCUUCGAGCCUUACCCCUCUGUAGUGGACCCCACUGAUCCCAAGACUCUGGCCUUUAACCCUAAGAAGAAGAAUUAUGAGCGGCUUCAGAAAGCUCUGGAUAGUGUGAUGUCCAUCCGGGAGAUGACCCAGGGUUCAUACUUGGAAAUCAAGAAACAGAUGGACAAACUGGACCCCCUGGCCCAUCCUCUCCUGCAGUGGAUCAUCUCCAGCAACAGGUCACACAUUGUCAAACUACCUCUCAGCAGGCAGCUGAAGUUCAUGCACACCUCACACCAGUUCCUCCUGCUGAGCAGCCCUCCAGCCAAGGAGGCUCGGUUCCGGACCGCCAAGAAGCUCUAUGGCAGCACCUUCGCCUUCCAUGGGUCCCACAUUGAGAACUGGCAUUCGAUCCUGCGCAAUGGGCUGGUCAAUGCAUCCUACACCAAACUGCAGCUGCAUGGAGCAGCCUAUGGCAAAGGCAUCUACCUGAGCCCCAUCUCCAGUAUUUCCUUUGGAUACUCAGGAAUGGGAAAAGGACAGCACAGGAUGCCCUCCAAGGAUGAGCUGGUCCAGAGAUACAACAGGAUGAACACCAUCCCCCAGACCCGAUCCAUUCAGUCUAGGUUCCUGCAGAGUCGGAACCUCAACUGUAUAGCACUCUGUGAAGUAAUCACAUCCAAGGACCUCCAGAAGCAUGGGAACAUCUGGGUGUGCCCUGUGUCCGACCACGUCUGCACACGGUUCUUCUUUGUAUACGAGGAUGGUCAGGUGGGCGAUGCCAACAUUAAUACUCAGGACCCCAAGAUACAGAAGGAAAUCAUGCGUGUGAUCGGAACUCAGGUUUACACAAACUGAAGGGGCCCCAGCCCUCGAACACACUGUUCCCCAGGAUCCAUCUGCCCUCAUCAAAGGGCUCAGGAGCAACAGGUGAGACUGCCCUGGAGGAACUGGCCAUUACCGAGGAGCAGGACGAAGCUAGAAGAGGAGGCCUUCAUGGUGGAGUCUGGCCCAGGCACCUCCAACAGUGGAUGGCCCAGACUAACUCCUACCCCCAAUUUGCCCAGUUGACUUCACCCUGUUUGUAAAUAAAACAAUAAACUGGAAGGUGCUGUGGA